AUGGCGUACGCUGGAUUUCGCUUCGUCAAGGGUCUUCUGGCUCCUAGGCAUGGCGAGACUAUGACUGAAGAGGCGUAUGUAUACCUUCCUGAUACCCCUGGAGGUAAGGAGAUUUCUGCUGAGCUGUGUGUUGAGUAUUUUGCCGUGAAGAUUGCGCUGGGUGAGGCUGGUGCGACCAAGCCGUUGCCUAUCGGUAUCGGGAAGAUUUCGGAGAGUGAAAAGGGGCUGCUUGAGGUUGCUGUUAGAGCUUCACGGGAAUAUCGAGACCGGGUUGGCUUUCGUGGAGUUGUGAGCGCUUAUAUGCAAUGUAGUAGCGGUCAUCAGUCAAGUCAUUGCUCAUGA